CUGUUGUUCGUGCGAGAGAAAAGUGAGCGGGACAGUCUGACGGACACCCCCAGGGACUGCAGACAUUGGGCAGAGACAAUUGGGUCCCAUAACAUCACGGAAAAAAAAAAACAGACAGAAAGUAAGAGUUAAAAAGAAAAGAAAGCAGAGGUGUACCGGGAUGCUGUAUCCAAGGCAACCUCACAUGUCUGUCUGUCUGUGAGAAGUGUCGGGUCGUGUCUGUGAGUCCAGCCGGAUGCCGUGCUAAGCUAACAGCUAACCCUAAAUGUGAGCUCACCUGACCGGGGUGAAUUUUCCUAAAGGCUAAGACUUAAGAGUUUUCCCGGAUGGAUCGUGUGACUUUGUCCGAGAAAAGCUACCCCAACCUGGCUGUGGUGGCACGUGUGAUGACUGACGACCGAGGGGACUUAAUGGUGAGGAGAGAGGUCAGGAACACUGAUUGCAUGGUAUAUGGAGAACAUGACGAUAGAACCGCACCACAGUUUCGCAACCGUAAGGGCAGAGGCUCUCACAAGGGUCGGUCCUAUGACCGAUCCCGCAGAGACCGCCAACGGGGAAGCCAGUCUGGAGGCUUCGGAGGUCCUGGGUCACGGCCUAGGCUUGACGAUACUGAUGUAGAUGUGACUAUGAGUGACAGCUCUCAGGACAGCUCUCAGCACAGAUUCAACCCAUAUGGAAGACCUUAUCGGAAAGGAGAUGGACGCUUCGACAGAGACAGGCGACAAGGCAGAGGGGGGGGAGGAGGUGGUAGAGGAGGAGGCAGCUUUAGAGGAGGAGACCGAGGUGGAGGCGGCAAUGGAGGAGGGAAAAGCCGGUCAGGCUGGUUCAAAGUAACGAUACCACAUGGAAGAAAAUACGACAAAAAAUGGUUAUUGACGGCUCUUCAGAACAUCUGUUCAGUUCCCCACACACCUGUACAGUACCAUGUUGACCAUAACAGGGUCCAUUUUUAUGUGGAUGAUUCUUCUGCGGCCAAUGCUUUGCAAAAAUGUUCUCACAAGAUCACAGACACGGAUGGUUAUAAGGUGGAAGUGCACGUCAACCCCAGCGCUCCACCAUCCUUCCUCCUGUCUGACUUGAAGCCAGAACACUUGGAGCACCUGAAGCAAUGCAUGGCAAAACGUUUCGAUGGCUCCCAGCAAGCACUUGACUUGAACAACAUCCGAACAGAUCCAGACCUGGCGUCCCAGAACAUUGAAGUAAUCUUGAAUAGGAAGACAAACAUGGAAGCUGUCGUAAAGAUCAUUGAAGAAAACAUUCCAGAGCUGACUGGCCUGAACCUGAGUAACAACCGUAUUCACAAACUGGAUGAACUGACUGAUUUGGUUACCAAGGCGCCUAAUCUGAAGACCCUAAACCUUUCCCACAAUGAGCUGAAGACAGACCGGGAGCUGGACAAGGUGAAAGGCUUGAAGCUGGUGGAGCUGUGGCUGAACAGGAACCCUCUGUGCGACGUCUUCAAGGAUCAGGCCUCAUACAUCAGUGCUGUGCGGCAGAGGUUUCCUCGGAUUCUCAAACUCGAUGGUCAUGACCUCCCCCCACCCAUUGGAUUUGAUGUGGAAACACCCACCACUAUCCCCGCCUGCAAGGGCAGCUGUUUUGGCUCUGAUGAAAUCAAGGUCAUCAUCCUUCGGUUCCUGCAACAGUACUACAGUAUAUACGACGCCGGCGACAGGCAGCCACUCCUGGAUGCCUACCAUGAUGGAGCAUCGUUAUCCCUCACAACACCUUACACCACCCAGAACCCCUCCAGGAGCAGUCUGGGGGAGUAUCACAAGGACACACGAAACCUGAAGCGGAUCAAAGACUCCACGGUUCGGUUUCGACUUCUGAAGCACACACGGCUGAACGUGGUGGCUUUCCUCAACGAGUUGCCCAAAACUCAGCACGACAUCGCUUCCUUUAAUGUCGACGUAAACACCUUCACGAACACACUACUAUCAUUCACAGUGAGCGGAGUCUUUAAAGAAGUUGCUGUUGAUGGUAAAUCCCGAGAGUCCACUAUGGCUUUCUCUCGAGUUUUCGUCACAGUCCCAGCAGGGAAUUCUGGUUUGUGCAUCGUGAACGACCAGAUUUUCAUCCGGAUGGCAACUACAGAGGAGAUCCGCCGAGCCUUUGUUGCUCCUGCCCCGACUCCAUCUUCCAGCCCCGUCCCCACCCUCACUGCACCGCAGCAGGAGAUGCUCACAGCCUUCUCGCAGAAGUCUGGCAUGAACCUGGAAUGGUCCCAAAAGUGUCUGCAAGACAAUGAGUGGGAUUUCAACAGAGCUGGACAAAUUUUCACUCAGUUAAAGGCCGAUGGCAAGAUCCCCGAUGUUGCAUUCAUAAAAUGAAGAGUUGAAUCUAGCAGUAAUUUUAUUUAUGCCUUUUGUUAUAUCCUAUACACUUUUUCCUUUUUUGUUUUAUUAAAAAAUAAUGUGGAUCAAGUUAACUUUUUUGUUUUAACAGCCAACUGAAGACUGAUGUUACGAUACCAUUUUUGGUUGUCAUCGUCGCCUUAGUUUUUGGUCAUUUGUAUAGAAAUUACUAUACGUGUUCAUAGGAAUAAAGAGAUGGUCAGUGAUCUAACUUGUGCUCAUUGAUUUGAUUGUUUUGUUUGUUUAACAAUAAUUAAAUAUUUUGUUACACAA